AUGGCUUUGCUCCGUCCCUUCACCAGCCUCCUCCUCCUCCUCAUUGCUGUGCCCCUUUCCCGGGCUGCAAACCGGUCCCUGCUGCCCCCUGGCUCCCUGCCCGCUGUCCCCCCCCUGCCCCUCCUGCAGGCCCUGCAAGUUCGGGCACCAGGCAGCCGGGGCUGGCGAGCAGGGACAGCAAGCGGGCAGCCCCUGCGCUACAUGCUGAACCUGUACCGGCGUGCCGCUGAUCGCGAAGGGCGGCCCCGCCACGGCCACAGCCUGGGCACCAACACCAUCCGCUUGGUCCGGGCCAGUUCCCAUGGGGGUCAGCCCUGGGCAGGUCGCUGGUACGUGCAGCCCCUCACCUACCACCUGGAGGGCCAGCCUGAGGCCGAGCACCUCCUCCGAGCCACUGUGGUCUACCUGCCCAGCCUGCUGCUGGCCCGUGGACGCCUCCUCUGUGCCCUGGAGCUGGCGGCCACCGGCGAGGCACCCAGGGUGCUGCUCAGCCCUGCCACCCGACCCCAUCACGGCUGGGCUGAAGCAGACGUCACCCCUUACCUGGUGCCAGGGAACAGCAGAGCAGGAAGCCUGGCGCUGCAGCACAUCUGUGUGUAUGCCAGCCGGGCGGGGGGCCGUGAUCCCCCAGAGGCCCCUAGCCACCCUUUCCUCCUCCUCUACCUCAACGACACCCAGGCUGGGCUGGCACCUCCGGUGACAGAGCCCCGCCGGCACCGUCGUGACACGGGGACGCUGGCCCACGACCUGCGCAGUUACCUGCGGGAGCAGGGAGGGGAGAAGAGUGACUGCUCCCUGCGCCCCUUCCCUGUCAGCUUUGCCCAGCUGGGCUGGGACCACUGGAUCAUCGCUCCCCACCGCUACAACCCGCGCUACUGCAAGGGUGCCUGUCCCCGCCUGCUCCGCUACGACUACCACGCACCCAACCACGCUGUGGUGCAGAGCUUCGUCCAUCAGCUGGUGGAUGCCAACGUGCCCCGGCCCUCCUGCGUCCCCUACCGCUACAGCCCCAUCAGCGUCCUCAUGAUCGAGCGGGACGGUGGCAUCCUCUACAAGGAGUAUGAGAACAUGAUCGCAGAGUCCUGCACCUGCCGGUAA